AAGAAAAUGCGGGGGAGAAGAGGCCCGCGCUUGUUUUCUUCCAAUACUUUCUUGUGAUCGUUUCUGCUAGGCGGCCGGCGGUUCCUGAUAGAAUCCUUCGUGGCUUUCUGUCGAGUGUGAGGAGAAGAAGAUGGGAAGUCAGGUCCGGAACCCUAAUAAGCAAACCCAGCUCAAUCCCAACUGGGCUCACCUCAGAGAAAAACUGAGAAGCCAUGGUAGCUCCAAUCCCCCAAGACGUUCAGAGAACUCCGAAGCAAAAACCUUAUUAGGGAAGCGCAAGGAAAGACCUGAUACAGAAUCCGAUGAUUCUCAGCUUAGUCCUCUCAACCCGACCUCUACUGAUUUUAGCCUGACAGAUGUGGUAGCCAUGGAUUGUGAAAUGGUCGGUGUCAGUUCUCAAGGAAACAAAAGUGCUCUUGGACGUGUCACUCUGGUAAAUAAGUGGGGAAAUGUUCUAUAUGAUGAGUUUGUUCGUCCAUUUGACCGUGUUGUUGACUUCCGCACAAGAAUAAGUGGAAUUAGACCCCGUGAUUUGAGGAAAGCCAAAGAUUUCACGGCUGUGCAGAUGAAAGUGGCUGAAUUAAUCAAGGGACGGAUUCUUGUUGGCCAUGCCUUGCACAAUGAUUUCAAGGUUUUGCUUUUAAGUCAUCCAAAGCAAGAUAUGAGGGAUACUUCAGAGUAUCAACCCUUUCUAAACAGGGAAGGGCGCAAAAAGUCACUUCGGCAUCUCGCAACUGAAUUCCUUGGUGUCGAGAUCCAAAAUGGGGAGCACUGCCCUAUAGAAGAUGCCCGUGCUGCGAUGCUGCUUUACCAGAAAAACCGAAAACAAUGGGAGAAGAGUGUCAAAGAUCACACGAGGCUUAAACAAAAGCAGAAGAAACGAAAGCCGAAAAGGAAGCCAGCGGAGAGGGAUGCUUCAAAUGCCCAUCAUGCUCAGAAUGCAUCGUAGCUCCUGGGAGGUCCAUUAAUACUUUGCCGGCUGUCUGUAGUCCUGUACAAACUGAUCCAUAGAAGUUAUGUCGAUGGGAAUGAUUUUUUGUGCAGGUGGGCCUGAAGGAAAAAGAUGAAAUGGGCACAAGCCAUUAAGUUAUAUAUCAAAACCAUGUGAAAUCACAACCUUGCUAAUUUUAUUAAUAAAAUAUGCUUAAAAUGCUAGUGUUUCCAAAUAA